AUGGACUCGAUCCGCCCGACGGACCAGCGGUCGACCGAAGGCUCCUCCGGAUCGCGAUUCGGCCGACCGGCCGCUGGAGGCUCAUUCAAGGGCGGCUCCAAGGCUGGUGCGGAGGCCAGCGACGCCAACUUCUAUGACGAAAAUGCGGCCAUCGACGACGCCAGCGACUUUGAUGACGGCGUGGACGAUCGCGGCAAACAACAGCGACACAAGAAAGGAAAGGGCCGCAUCGAAGUCCAGGUCGACUCACCCAACCUCAAGCCCAAGAAAGGCAAGCCCACCCAGGGCGCCCGGCGGCAGCAAGACAACGACGAUGACUUUGAUGACGACGACGAGUUUAUGGAGCGAAAGAAGAAGAAAAAGGAGCAGCAGAAGCCAAAGGAGAUCCAGGUGCCCGAGGCCAUCACGGUGGCGAAUCUUGCAUCCCUUGUCGGAAUUUCCGUCGGUCAUCUGUCCAAGAAAAUGAAGAACCUUGGUUUCGAUGCCGUAACACCGGACCUUCUCUUGAACCAGGAAAUGGCUGGCCUGGUUGCCCAGGAGCUCAACGUCAUACCCGUCAUGCUCACCACGACCGCAGUGGAUCUGGAGCCCAGACCCGAGCCUGAGUCCUGGUCCGAGUUCCCUUUGAGAGCUCCGAUCGUGACCAUCAUGGGCCACGUCGAUCACGGCAAAACCACCCUGCUCGACUCUCUGCGGAAGACAUCUGUUGCAGCCGGAGAAGCCGGCGGAAUCACCCAGCACAUUGGCGCGUUCUCGGUUACGCUGCCCUCCAUGAAGCACAUUACGUUCUUGGAUACACCGGGACACGCCGCCUUCACCGCCAUGCGGCGACGUGGUGCAAAGACCACCGACAUUGUCGUUCUUGUGGUUGCCGCCGACGACGGAAUCAUGCCCCAAACCGUGGAAGCGAUCAAGCACGCCAAGGAAGCCGGGGCGCCCAUCAUCGUCGCCAUCAACAAAUGCGACAAGCCACAGGCCAACCCGAGCAAAGUCAAGGAGGAACUUACCCGAUACGAAGUUGUUGUCGAGGACUAUGGCGGCGAUGUCCCUGCCGUCGAGGUCUCGGGUUUGACGGGCCAGGGUCUCGAUAAUCUCGAGGAGACGAUCCUGGCAGUCGCAGAGAUGAUGGAUAUCCGCGGUGAUGCAAGCGGACUCCCAGAGGCAUUUGUGAUCGAGUCGCAUGUUGCCAUGGGCCUUGGCAACGUCGCCACGGUCCUUGUCCGGCGCGGCACUCUUCGCCCUGGCGAUGUUAUUGUCGCCGGCACCACUUGGGGCAAAGUUCGAUCCAUGACAGACGAACACGGCCGUCAAGUCAAGGAAGCCGGACCCUCGAUACCCGUUCGCAUCAACGGCUGGAAGGGGCUGCCUUCUGCAGGCGACCAGGUCAUUGGCGCCGAAAGCGAGGCCCUUGCUAAGGACGUUGUGGAAACCCGGAUCACUCGUCUGGAGCGCCAGAAGCAGCUCGAGUCGAUCGACAAAAUCAAUGUCCAGCGCGAGCAACAGCGAAGAGCGCUCGAGAGAAGCAAGGCGGAGACAGGCGGAGAGACCGAGCCCGAGACCCCCGAAUUUGUCAAGCCGACGGUCAACAUCAUUCUCAAGGCCGAUGUCGAUGGCUCGCUGGAGGCCAUCACCGAUGCACUCGCUGGCUUCCCUUCCCAUGAAAUCGAGCUCAAGAUUGUUGGCUCGGGCGUGGGCAACAUCAGCGAAUCUGAUAUUGACCUUGCCGAGGUUGCUAAAGCCUCCAUCAUCACCUUUAACCUGCCCGCAAGCCGAUCGAUGCAGAGCAUGGCCGAAUCGCGGGCGAUCCCCAUCCACGGGUUCAAAAUCAUCUACGAACUGCUCGAUCACGUCAAGGAUACCCUCCUGGAGCGUCUGCCUCCAGACGUAGCGUUCGAGGUCAAGAGCGAAGCCGAUGUACUGCAGCUCUUCAAGAUCAACACCAAGAAGAACCAGUUCGAGACAAUCGCUGGAUCGCGUAUCACCACGGGCAAGCUUGAGAAGGAGUGUGCUGUCCGGGUGGUCCGUGCGGGAACAACGCUCUUUGAAGGCAAGAUCAAGACCCUCAAGCACCACAAGAAGGACAUCACCGAGGCCAACAAGGGAAUGGAGUGCGGUAUCGCAAUUGAGGGCUUUGAGGAUCUGCAAGUCGGCGAUGUGAUUCAAUCGUUUGUGCGCAUUGAGACCCGGCGCAAGUCGCUAUAG